AUGGACCUUACGAAGUGGACUACCUUCGACCAGCGGCAGCGUGGCCGGCGGGAAAUCAUCCAUAGCGUCUCCAAUCCCCUGACCAUCUCCGUGCGCCGAGGCGACAAUAGCGACAUCCCCGACACCUACACCAGCGACGGAAUGACCGACGUCUGGGGCUACGGUAUACUCCUACCUUCCAGCUCGACCGGAAAACCUCGGGUCUACCGACGGAAUCUCCUUCUCUCGCUCGGCGGAGAGAUCGUUCUCCAGCGGAUCGGGCAGCCGGAGUGGAACAUAAGGGCGCAGCAAGGGGCGCUUGUCAAGCGCGGCCGGCAAGUGGUAGAAGCUAUGCAGCGCGAUGCGAUCCCGGGGAGACCGGAUUCGAGGAACAGCGAGGCAAGACAUCCAGUCUACCACCUCGGCAUCUGGGCGGGACAGGGCCAAACCACACCCGUCUGGACCUCCGACACGAAACAGAGCAGCGGACCGGCCGCUACCCAUACGACUCGUCGGGAUCGGGUAGACAACGUCCUCCUCUUCGCGCGGCAGUACAUGGAGGACCACAUCGCCCGGUACCUCCACAGCCGGACCAACCGCCACGGAAUACCGGAGGAGAUCGAGGCGGAGCUGCGGUCUCGCGCCGACGUCUUCGCCGUCCUCCAGCGUACGUUUCCCGGCGCGGAUAGCCUCCUCCACCCCUUAUAUAGCAUAGUCACUCCCUUCACAACCUUCUCGCCGCGGGAGCACCGGGACACCAGCGACACGGACUACUCCAUCCUCGCCAACUUUGGUGCCGGCUGCUGGCUCGUCCUGCCUGAGCUCCAGCUCCGCGUCCACCUCCAGCCCUACGACCUCGUAAUCUUCCAGACGAACAGCUUGACCCACGCCACAGCGGCCGUCGACGGCGAUUGCGAGGCGGAUCAGCGCUAG